GCUACUGGGAGCUUCCCUUUGCCAGGACCGGGUGCUCGUGUGCUGUCUUGCAACUCGAAGGAGUUCAGGUGCUUCCUCGAUAGCCCCUGGUUCUGACCUUUUGCUUCUCACACUGCGCGGUUCCCCGGUGGCUUCUCCAGUCCGCAGGCGGGUAGGAUCCCAGUCGGUCGAGUCUCAGUCCUCCCGGAUGUCAGACUCCCUACCCCCAUUCAGACAAAUACCACAUUCGUGGCAGCACGUUGCCCUCUGUCUCAUUUUUAAGAGUCUUGGCCUCGCCUGAAAGGAGUUUCGCACAGUGCCUCGGAAAAUGAGAAAGGGGCAGGAGAGGGCGAGAUGCUGAGAGACAGCAUGACUAUAUGAAGGAAGAGGAGGGUUUUCCUGAAGAUGAGGCGACUGAAUCGGAAAAAAACUUUAAGUUUGGUAAAAGAGUUGGAUGCCUUUCCAAAGGUUCCUGAGAGCUAUGUAGAGACUUCAGCCAGUGGAGGUACAGUUUCUCUAAUAGCAUUUACAACUAUGGCUUUAUUAACCAUAAUGGAAUUCUCAGUAUAUCAAGAUACAUGGAUGAAGUAUGAGUACGAAGUAGACAAGGAUUUUUCUAGCAAAUUGAGAAUCAAUAUAGAUAUUACUGUUGCCAUGAAGUGUCAGUAUGUUGGAGCGGAUGUAUUGGAUUUAGCAGAAACAAUGGUUGCAUCUGCAGAUGGUCUAGUUUAUGAACCAGCAGUAUUUGAUCUUUCACCACAGCAGAAAGAGUGGCAGAGGAUGCUGCAGCUGAUUCAGAGUAGGCUACAAGAAGAGCAUUCACUUCAAGAUGUGAUAUUUAAAAGUGCUUUUAAAAGUGCAUCAACAGCUCUUCCACCAAGAGAAGAUGAUUCAUCACAGUCUCCAGAUGCAUGCAGAAUUCAUGGCCAUCUAUAUGUCAAUAAAGUAGCAGGGAAUUUUCACAUAACAGUGGGCAAGGCAAUUCCACAUCCUCGUGGUCAUGCACAUUUGGCAGCACUUGUCAACCAUGAAUCUUACAACUUUUCUCAUAGAAUAGAUCAUUUGUCUUUUGGAGAGCUUGUUCCAGCAAUUAUUAAUCCUUUAGAUGGAACUGAAAAAAUUGCUAUAGAUCACAACCAGAUGUUCCAGUAUUUUAUUACAGUUGUGCCAACAAAACUACAUACAUAUAAAAUAUCAGCAGACACCCAUCAAUUUUCUGUGACAGAAAGGGAACGUAUCAUUAACCAUGCUGCAGGCAGCCAUGGAGUCUCUGGGAUAUUUAUGAAAUACGAUCUCAGUUCUCUUAUGGUGACAGUUACUGAGGAGCACAUGCCAUUCUGGCAGUUUUUUGUAAGACUCUGUGGUAUUGUUGGAGGAAUCUUUUCAACAACAGGCAUGUUACAUGGAAUUGGAAAAUUUAUAGUUGAAAUAAUUUGCUGUCGUUUCAGACUUGGAUCCUAUAAACCUGUCAAUUCUGUUCCUUUUGAGGAUGGCCACACAGACAACCACUUACCUCUUUUAGAAAAUAAUACACAUUAACACCUCCCGGGUGAAGGAGAAAAACUUUUUGCCUGAGACAUAAAACCUUUUUUUAAUAAUAAAAUAUUGUGCAAUAUAUUCAAAGGAAAGGAAACACAAAUAAGCAGAAAACAUACUUAUUUUAAAAAAGAAAAAAAAGGAAAAAAAACCCCAAACUGAAAUUCUAUAUAUGUUGUGUCUGUUACAAAUGUCCUAGAAGAAAUCAUGCAGCUAAACAGUGAAGAAGCCCAACUGGAGUAUUGCUUUGAAGAUGACACCUUCUUAUAUUUUCACAGCAAAUGGGUGGUAUCAAAAUCAGACAUUGCUUCUUGGUGAUAAAAAGCCUGAAGGAAAUAAGUGAAACUACAUCUAUGGAAAAAAAAAAAAAAAAAAAUUGAGAAGUGCAAAUGUUUGCAUCUUUUGUUUUUAAAAGAUAUGAUGUCAGAAUAAAAUGUGGAAAACAUAUGGAAAACCAGUCUAGACUUUAAAGAAUUCUGAUCAGGUCACAUUUUUAAUAAUAAAAAAAAAAAAAAACAGGGACUAGUUCCUAUGUUAUAGCCAUAUUAAUGUUAAGCCAUAUUAACAAGACCAAUUAUCCAAUAAUUUGGUCUUAAAAAGUAACUUCUUUGAACUCUGAUUAUUGACUUAUCUAACUGUUGAAGAUAGAGUCUUAGAAGACUAAAUUCUCACAGGGGCAGGUAUGCAGGUGUUAUGUAGCAAAGGUAUCAUUCACAAAUAGUAUAUAGAAUCUUAUACAGGGGAAAGAAAGCACUUUUUUAAAAAAAGAUGCCAAGUUUUUAAUCUAAUAAUAUUAUUGGUAUAUUUUGGAGGACAUAGGGUGAGUUAUAAAAAAAUCCACUACUGAUGGUGGAAAUUAGUUUGUAAAACAUUAAGAGAAAAAUAGGAUAUUUUAUGUAUGUGGUGAAUGGAGAACAGGGUAACUUUAAAUGACAGUGUAAGGCAAAUUUUAAGCACCACAAGAUAUAUCAGAUCUGAGAGGUGGCAUGUUAAACAUUGUCCAUUAAACUUAAAACUGGAUUAUGAAGUAUUUGCAUUCAGGGUGUCCUGAAUAUGAUUGAUUCUGUAUUAGAUUGUGUUCUAACUUUCUUACUAUUUAAGGAUUAGUUCUAAAUCUUCAGAUUAUAAAAGAUUAAAAAUAGUGAGAGGGAGCUAUCACACAGGUACUGUUAAAAGCUGUAUUUGGAAUAUGUGUGCCAAUAUCAGUUUUCCUUUUGUAAUACUGAAUGACAGUAGAAGAAUUAUCAACCAGUCUCCAAAGUUUUAAUCAUUUAAGGAAAUGGGGAAAGAAAAUUCCAGGUAAAUAACAAGACUGAAAGAUUAGAUUUAAAAUAGUGGUUUUAGAAAGUAGGAUAUCACAAGUAACAGUUUUUCAAAUGAAUUUUUUUCAAGAUAAAUGUAUAAAAACAGGAUAACUAAAAUGGAGAGAAGGAGAAAUAGUGAUGGGUCUAUUUUGCAGUAAAGUUUGUGCAGAAUGAUAUUUUGCAGAAAAUAACAGAAGCAUCAUUAAUAUAUGUAUAUAUCAUUAAGAGCCAUGAAGUUAACUGAUGAAAAUAAGUGAUACACUUGGAAAGAUUUUUGCAUCCAGAAAAUUCUUAGUAGUGAAUGAGCCUUCUCUAGGUUUUGAUUUAUUUUUCUGAAGAUUAUUUCCAACAAAGUUUGGCUGUAAACUAACAGAACAUCUAUCAACAGGAAUCUUCAUAGGAAAGAAUUAGAAUUUAGACUGAUCGCUGCUCCUUCAAGUAUGCUUGUAAGAAAAUUCAAUAGUUUCAGGGCUUUUUCUAAAUGGGAGGGAAAACAAUAUUGAUUUAGGAUUAUUUUCUUUAGGAUUAGAUCAUUUUAAGUAUUAAAAAGGAUUUUAAAAAUUAUUUUGAUAUAUAUGAUUUUUAAUUUUCAUAUUUUCCAAAUACCAUAUUAAAAUUUUAAUUUAUCUCCUAUGAAAGGAAUUUCUUUAAAGCAAAAUUCUGCUUUGCCAUUGAUUUCCAUAGGUUAAAGGCUUCCAUCUGAAACUCCUCAAAUAGAGUCAGAUUUUUGGCAGUGGAAGUAUUAAAAUUCCAACCAGUCCUUUGGAUGAUGAAGUUUACCUGCAUAUUAGGAUUUGUUAGGAGUUUUUGGCCUCACCAAGUGUUUCUUUUCUAUUGCAGAGAGCACUUUACUCACCUACCUAUUAUGCAACUUUCCCUAUGCCUGGAGGUGCCUCCAGAAAGGAUACCCUACUUUAUUACCCAAUUCCCCUUUUUGUUUUAGUAUUCAUGGCGUCUAUAUGUUUAUAUUCCAGACUACAUAUUUAAAAGUCUGAGACCUCAAAUUAUAUGAAAUGGAUUUUUUAAUACUAUGUUUGCAUACAUUGACCUAUAAAGAAGAUAAAUAUUUAGGUGAAUAAUUCCCUGCUGCAGUAUUUGUACACUUCAGACUACCUCCUAGGAAAAGCUUAACUUAGUUUUACAAAAUUCCUUUUUUUUUUUUUUUUAAGAGAUGGGGUUUUGCACUGCUGCCCAGGCUGAAGUGCAGUGGCACGAUCAUAACUCACUGCAUCCCCAAACUCCUGGGUUCAAGCAAUCCUCCUCCCUCAAUCUGCUGAGUAGGUAGGACUACAGCCAUGCACCAACAACCUGGCUAACUCUUUUUCAUUUAUAUAGAUAGUGUUUUGCUGUGUUGCUCAGGCUGGACUCCAACUCCCGGACCAAGUAAUCUUCCCACCUUAGUCUCCUGCAUUGCUGGGAUUAUAGGCAUGAGCCACUGCACCUGGCACCCAAGUUACUUCUAGUUCUCAAGUUAGAUGAUUAAUAUCACACUUUUCUCACGUUUUAUGAUAGCAUUGAAUUUUUAUAAUUAAUUUACUAAUCAAGAUUUACAGUCUUUAAUACAAUCUUAAUUUUGGAAUUUGUAAAGGAAUGACUAAGAUCUAAUUUUUUUUUUUUUUUUGAAACUGAGUCUCGCUCUGGUCUAGGCUGGAGUGCAGUGGUGCAAUCUCAGCUCACUGCAACCUCCACCUCCUGGGUUCAAGUAAUUCUCCUGCCUCAGCCUCUCAGCACCUGUAGCUGGGACUACAGGUGCGUACCACCAAGCCCAGCUAAUUUUUUUGUAUUUUUAGUAGAGACAGGGAUUCACUGUGUUAGCCAGGAUGGUCUCGAUCUCCUGACCUCAUAAUCCGCCCGCCUUGGCCUCCCAAAGUGCUGGGAUUACAGGCAUGAGCCACUGUACCCGGACAGAUCUAAUUUUUUAAUAGUGUAAGAGAAAUACACUGUGCAUUCCAUCUAUGUCCUGAGUAAUUCAAGUACCAAAAAGUAAUUUAAUAUGAAACUCCUUGAAAAUUCAGAGCUUACACUUGAAUUCAAGAUGCCUAUUUUUGGUUGUUUAAAAGUUACUUAAACCUGAGCCUUAGGACCUUUAAAAUCUCAGCCUGCCUCUUAACCUAGUACUUUUCCUGUUUUGAGCUCUAGCAAACCUUCAGCAAGCCAAGGUGGUAGGUAGCCCUUUUUCAACACUAUCAAAUAGAGAGGUCACCAGUUGUUUACUACCUUAUGGUAAAAUGCCCGGAUCAAGAUCCAUGUAUCUGCCCAUAUUGUGAUGAUGCAAUCAAAGCAUAGUUUUUUUCUACUUUCUGAAAUAUUUCUUUGAUAAAAUCACUUUACAUUUAAGAGUAGAAAACAGACUGCCUUGGAUUUUUUUUUCAACUAUUGAAAAUACUGAAAUUUUUUUUUCAACUUUUUUUUGUGUGUGUGUCUUGAGAGAAAAGAGAACAUGAAAUAUUUAGUGUUGCAAGCACAAACGUUUGGACUCAAUAAGUGACAAACUAUGAAGCAUUUUUUUUGUCUUUUUAAUACUAGGAGAAAAUGUACCGCCAAAUAAGCCUCAGUUCCCAUAUUUAAACUUUUUUUCUCAUAGAAAAGCUACAGGAAUUUUAAAAUAUCAUGUUUACAUUUGCUUUUCUUCCAGAUGGAGCUAAAUUUCUAUAUGAUCAGGAUUUAUUUUAUAUUUCUCAUAUUAAAGAUGAAAAAGUGAAAAUCGAGUAGUUGACUCGAAUUUACAUGUAUAAAUAUGUGAACAGUUGAAUACAAACAAGAUUACAAGCAGUGAAACAUUUAAGUAGUUUUGACAACUCCAAAUAAUAUUUUGUGUUUCACAAAAGGAGUUAGGUUAACUUUUCCAAAUAUAAUUCGUUUUAUACUAUUUUAAUAAGGAAAAACUAUUAAGGAUGAGAAGGCAUGAGAUAAAGUAUAUAUUAGUGAAAGCUAUAUACUAAAGCAGACCUUCAACAAUAGCUCAUAACUAAUAAAUGCUUUGUAUUUUGUUUUCAAACAGUUAUGUAAAUCAAUUUGGUGACUUCUUAUACUGUACUGACAUUUACUUUCUUUAAGGUAUUUUUCUGGAAUUGACUUAAAUUGCCAUAUCACAUCUGCUAUUCCUUUUGCAGUUCCAGGUUGGAAUCAGUAUUUCAAAUAAAGUAGGGACACAUCUAAAAUAUUUGUGUAUCAGAAAAGGUGUUUCUGGCUAUUUAAACUCAAGUUAGGCAUCCUUUGCCACAGUAGUAUCUCCACUUUGCAGGGCACUACUGUCUCAAACCAGUUCCAUUUGAAAACCAGCAAUUAGUAGUCUUAGUUAACUAAAAAAAAUGUUUUAAGUGAUCUAGGCAGUGGGCAUUUUUCCACACCUUUAUGUGGGAUUAUGAGAAUUGUUACUUCUUACUAUAGGCGAUUGCUUAUGUUCCCAGACAUUAUUAGAAUAGCAGUUCUAGAAGAGUAGCCAUGUGGAAAUUUACAAGUGAUUUUUGUAAGCUUUGAAAAUUAUUGAUGUUUUUGGAAACUAGACCGAUCUACUUGAAUUGUUUAUGUUUAUUGUAAUAUAACAUGCUAUUUGGGCAUUAUUAGACCAGUCUCUACCUUGAAAUGCUAAGUUAAUUAAAUGAGGUGUUAAAUGGAA